UAAUGUUGCAGGAAAAUAAUCCAGAAGGUGGCGGUAAUGCAACUCUUUUGGAUGCAAGCCGCCGUAAACCUCGAAGAAGAAGAAGAAAGACAAGAAGAAGUCACCGCUAGCGACACCACACAGCAAGAGUCUUCUGAGGUGAGAUCUGCUCCUUCAACCACAGCAAUUCACCUACAGUUCAGCUCCUCCCACAACAGUUUAUGAAAAAGUCGAAAACAUGACUGAUCCAGAACCCAGCAGAAUAAAACAGGAAGAUACUGAACAACAAAUAGACCUUAUAGAACAGAACAACAAGAUUGAAGAACUGAUUGAAGAGGGGAAGAACCAUCAAGUCAAAACUGAAGAGAUAUCCUGGAGAUCCUCAUUGAAAAGAAUAAACAAAAUACGGCCUCAGUGUGAAAAGAGUCUCUCAUGCAAGCAAAAUCCUGAUAUUCACAUAAAAUGUCAUCUUGAAGGGAAGCUGUACACAUGUGAUCAGUGUGAAAAGACUUUCACAAUAAAAGGAAACCUUACAAAACACAUGAAUAUACACAGUGGGGAGAAGCCAUACACAUGUGGUCAGUGUGGAAAGAGCUUCAGAUUAAAGGUAAUCCUUAAAAAACACAUGAGUAUCCAUGCCGGGAAGAAGCCGUACACAUGUGGUCAAUGUGGGAAGAGCUUCAGACUAAAAAAUACUCUUAACAAACACAUGAGGAUCCACACUGGAGAGAAGCCGUACACAUGUGAUCGGUGUGGGAAGAGUUUCUCACAAAAAGAAUACCUUGAUGCACACCUAAAAACCCACACUGGAGAGAAGCCGUACACAUGUGAUCAGUGUGGGAAGAGUUUCACACAAAAAGGAGCCCUUAAUGUACACAUGAGGAUCCACACUGGAGAGAAGCCGCACACAUGUGAUCAGUGUGGGAGAAGUUUCAGACUUAAGCAACCCCUUAACGAACACAUGCGGAUCCACACUGGAGAGAAGCCGCACACAUGUGAUCAGUGUGGGAAGAGUUUCAGAAAAUAUGGUGGUUUUAAAAAACAUCUGCUUACUCAUUCUAGAGAAAGACUAGAAAACUGUGACCAAAGCAGUAGAAAAAAAUGUAGGGCAGAUUUCCUGAAGGACCACCUGAAAGUUAAUACAAAGGAGAAGCCUUACAUAUGUUAUUUAUGUGGAAAGAGUUUUAGUCAGAUGGUUGCAUUAAAGAUACACCAGAAAAGACACAGCGGUGUGAAGGAUCAUGCUUGCUCUGAGUGUGGGAAGACUUUUUUUACAUAUGGUGCACUGAAAGUGCACAAGACAGUUCACACUACAGAAACACCUUACAAGUGUUCACACUGUGACAAAAGAUUCAAAAGGUCAGAAUAUCUGCAAAUACAUGAGAGGAUCCACACUGGAGAGAAGCCGUACACAUGUGAUCAAUGUGGGAAGAGUUUCAGACUAAAAGAAAUGCUUAAUCAACACAUGAUUAUUCACACUGGAGAGAAGUUACACACAUGUGAACACUGUGGCAAGAAUUUCGGACAAAAAGGAAACCUUAACAAACACAUGAGAAUCCACACUGGAGAGAAGCUACACACAUGUGAUCAGUGCGGGAAGGGUUUCUUAGAAAAAGGAAACCUUAAAGAACACAUGAAUAUUCACACUGGAGAGAGGCCACACAUAUGUGAUCACUGUGGGAAGAGUUUCACACAAAAAGGAAGCCUUUUCAAACACAGGAAAAGCCACACUGGAGAGAGGCCACACAUAUGUGAUCAGUGUGGGAAGAGUUUCACAUUGAAAGAAACCCUCAAUGAUCACAUGAGGAUCCACACUACAGAAACACCUUACAAGUGUUCACACUGUGACAAGAGAUUCAAAAGGUCAAAAUAUAUGAAAAUACAUGAGAGGAUCCACAAUGGAGAGAAGCCGUAUACAUGUGAUCAGUGUGGGAGGAGUUUUGCACAAAAAGGAAACUUUAACAAACACAAGAAAAUCCACACUGGUGAAAAGCUGCACACAUCUUAUCAGUUUGGGAAGAGUUUCACAAAAUCAAGUGUUUUUAAAGUUCAUCUGCGUACUCAUUCUAGAAAAAGACAAUAUGACUGUGACCAGUGUGGUAAACAUUUUUUUACGACAGGUGCACUGAAGAAUCACCUGAAAGUUCAUACAAAGGAAAAGCACCAUGUGUGUUCUUUAUGUGGAAAGAGUUUUAGUGAGGUGGCUGCUUUAAACUAUCACCAGAAAAAAGACAGCGACGUGAAGGAUCAUAUUUGCUCUGAGUGUGGGAAGACUUUUUUUGCUGAUAGUGAAUUGAAACAGCUCCAGACAGUUCACACUACAGAAACGCCUUACAAGUGUUCACACUGUGACAAGAGAUUCAAACGGUCAACACAUCUACAAAUACAUGAGAGGAUCCACACUGGAGAGAAGCCACAUCACUGCCAUUCAUGUGGGAAGAGAUUCACUCAAUUAUCUUCUCUAAUCUGUCAUAAAUUACAUGUCUGCAUGUCUGAAAUUAUAGUAAGUAGUUCAAGUACUGAUCCUGUACUUCCAGGUGUGAUCGUUAAUAUCGAUUAAUCAGAGAUGAAUAGAAUGAUUAAUCAACUAAUCUUUGAAUAUUUCACAGAUUGAUCAGUAGCUUUUAUUGAUUAUUCAGUUUGUUAAAAUGUUGAGUUAUAUCCAUUCUAACUAAUAAAUAAAACAAGUAAAUAACUUCUAUAUUUGAAAAUGUAAAUUGAAUUAUUAUUCUCUUUAGGUAUUCUUUCAUUCUCAGAAGUCAUCAUUACAUCAACUUUGCUUAGAACUGAAACACAAAAAACAAAAGUGCAUUUCACGCAUAGGAAGCUAAAAUAUUCAUCUACAAGCUACCAUUAUUUAGAUCCCCUUGUGAGUACUGUGGCCGGCAAUCUUGAGAACACUGAGGUUUACGGGCUUGAGAGCAUAGUCUAAGGAUUCUUUACAGUGGAUACUAGUCUUGUCCAUGUUGGGACGGAUCCAGUGGUAUCCAUGAUGGCUGUGAGUCUGUGCUGGACCAUGAGUCCGUGCUGGACCAAGCUCUGUGGGGGAAAGUUUAGGGAGUGGUUCCUCCUCUACCUGUCCUACUGAUCCACAAAGCUGUUGGGCCAACUCCACAUAUUGUUGGCUGAUGUCGUUGUCCAGUCUGCCCCAAAAACAGUCCAGUAAAAUGACAUCCACCAAUUGCGAGAGGUGAGAAUAUGCAAAAAAACAAACUCUUACACACCCAUUGAGGCUCCAUGGCAUCAGUGUGCUCUAUUACAUGGACGAUUGAUUCAUCUUGGCCCAUUUCAGGGAAUUGGUGAUUCAUCACAGAGACUUUCUUCAUCACCACCUUCAAUCUCUUGGCCUCAAGUUGAAUGCUCAGAAGAGUGUUCUCACCCCUUCUAAGUGGACCAUUUUCUUGGGGGUCCAACUCGAUUCUGUUCUGAUGCAGGCCCGUUUGGCUCCUGCUCAGAUUUCCGGUAUCAACUUGUUUGGCCCGCUUAAAGAUAGGUCGUCACAUUUCGGUGAGCACGUCACUCACUCCUGGGUCUCAUGCCAUCUGCCUCUCCUGUGCUGCCUCUGGGGCUGCUUCAUAUAAGGCCAUUACUGUGGUGGAUGAAGUUCAAAGCCGUUUGCCUGUUUCAUGGUUAACUCUCUGCAUACAAAAAGUGAUGUGCAAUUGCUUUUAUGCCCUCUCGACAUGGCAGGACCCUCUCUUUCUUCAGCAAGGGGCCAAGAUGGGCAUUGUUUGCCAUCUUCGAGGGCAGACCAGCUUGUCGUGUCUAGAUGGCUCACAUCUCUAGGCUGCUUAUGUGCCAAGAGAGAAACUUUACCAUCUUCUUGGCCCUGGUGCAUUUCCUCCCAAUUCUGACAGGUUGUCACGUGAUCAUUAGAAUGGAAAACAUGGCAGUAGUGUCUCACAUAAUCUGCCAAGGUUACAAGGUCACGGUUACGCACCCUGGACAGGCAUGGAGUUUCAGAAAUCGGUUCAUGUCCCCGGGGCUUUGAACCUUGCAGCGGAUUUCCUUUCGAGGAAGAAACUCAGGUCGGGGGACUGGAUGCUGAAUUGCUAGAUGGUGGCUCAGAUCUGGGAUCUUUUCAGCAGGGCAGAGGUAGAACACGUCGAGUCACAGGAAUCGACCAAAUGUCCCCUUUGGUUCUCCCUAUUUCACCUGGCACCUCUGGAGAUAGAUGUUUUUGCUCACCCAUGGCCUGAUCUGAGGCUUAACACAUUUCCGUCAAUCAAGUUGAUUCCAGCGGUCUUGUGCAGGGUGAGGGAGUGCAGAGUUAGCCUCCUGUUGAUAGCCCCCAUUCUGGCCAUCCCAGAUGUGGUUUUCAAAACUAGUCUCGUUUCUAGAGCACACCCCUUGGGAGAUUCCAAUCAGGGAAGCCCUGCUGUCUCAACUUCAGGGCAGGAUCUGGCACCCUCGGCCUGAGAUUUGGAAGCUAUGGGUGUGCCCAAUCAAGGGCGAUUGGCCGUGACCUCUCGGUCUCCCAGUGGAUGUUCAGAAGACAAUUAAAGGGAUAGUUCACCCAAAAAUAGUUCACGAAACGAUCAGUCUGUGCAAGAAACUGAACAGUAUUUAUAUAGUUUUUUUUUUUUACCUCUGAUCCACCGCACUGUCCAACUGUCCUGAGCGUGUUCACAACAGCCGGCAUGUGACGCGUUAUCUUCUUGCUUUACGGCGGAUCGCAGACUUAAGUGCAUUACCGCCACCUAUCUCUCAAAUCGACCAUUGACACUCCUAUUUGAGAUCGUAGAUAGUGUCAAUGGUCCAUUUGAGAGGUAGGUAUGGAUCAUUUCCUCAAUGUAUCGUAACACAUUUCUUAUGUACAAAGUAUUGAGGGAGCACAUAGCAUUUUUCGACUUUAUUACGUCAUGGCUCUUUUUUUGUUUUUCCCUUCACAUUUGUCUUUUCACAUUUGCUCACAGACUGCAAGUAUUUUGUUUCUAAAGUAGACUAAAUAAAACGCGUUCUCCUGAUUUCAUCUUGAAAACAGGUUCACAUACAAAUAAAAUCUUAAACUUAAUAUUCCUUUCCCGUGUAAUCAGUGCAGGAAGAAUUUCAUAUGUGUAAGUGCUUUUAGUUUACAUAGAGAAAAAGAUUUUUACUGUGAUCAAUGGGGUAAAAAAAUUGUUUGCGUCGAUUUCCUGAAGAUGCACCUGAAAGUUCAUACCAUGGAGAAGCCUCAUGUUCUUUGCGUGGAAAGUUUUUUUUUUUUUUUUUUUUUUUUUUGAACUUUGUUCUUAUUUUAUUCUCCUGUUUCCCUGAUACAGUAGGUAUGAAACAUGCAAGACUAACUGCAACACAUUCUGGCUGCACAUCAACCUUUAGAUAACCUUUUAUCUUCAAAUAAUAGACAUUUUUGACUGAUCAAAGGCCACGGCGGGUAUUACUUUGAGACUGAGCGAGUACAGUGUGUCUGUGCAUGAAGUGGCUCCUGGUCAUUCUGUAUUUUUAAAAAAUAAAGAAAAAGAUAAAUAAAAUGAUGAUAAAAUAAUACAUCAAGCAUCAAAUCACUGGAAAUAACUUGUUAGUAUAGCUUUCAUAUGGGCAACAAACUCUAACGUUGAAAUUUAGCAGUAAAUUUAUUACAUUUCACUGUAUUUGACUGACUCUCAUUCAUCCUGAUUUUGUUACUGUUGUUGUGAAUAUUAAAGUGGCCAUAUCAUCUUCAGUUUGUUUGUUUAUUUUGUUAUUCAUUCAUUCAGACAUCAUUCAUUCAUUCAAAAGGUAAAGUCAGUAUUAAUAUUAUAUGCUUUAAUCAUGAUGGCUGAGCAUUUGAAGUACAGGAAGUCUGAAACACUAAAACCAAGAUAAAACAAUAUCAUCUAAGAUAUUGUGCUGUUCAGUUUUAACAGACUUUAUGAUCAUUGCUAGUUUCUGUCAAACAAAACAAUAAGUUAAUCAUAGUUACUUUAUUGCUAUCAUUGUAGAUGAUCAAACUUAGACGCUGCUGGACGGUAUAUAUUUACUUGGUUUACUGUAAAGAUGGGUAUCAUGUAUUUGUUCAUCUCUUAUU